ACCAUGGCCAACACACAUAAACUAAUUUUAACUGGAUUACUGGUUUUCAUUUCAGUUCGGUGGACAGUGUCUUAUUCAUCUGAGGAGCUCCAUGCAAGUUACUGGAACAACAAAGGAAGGCAGGCUCUGCACGCUGCCCUGAAUGUUCAGCCCAAUCUGCACCAGGCCAAGAACACCAUCCUCUUCUUGGGGGACGGUAUGGGAGUACCAACAAUAACUGCUGCCCGAAUCCUCAAAGGCCAAAUGGCAGGAUAUUCUGGAGAAGAGACAAGUUUGGUCAUGGAUACCUUUCCUUAUCUAGCCCUCUCUAAGACUUAUAAUGUGGACCAGCAGAUGCCAGACAGUGCUGGCACAGCCACAGCAUACUUAUGUGGUGUAAAGGCCAACUAUGGAACUGUGGGUGUCACUGCUGCCACCAAACGCUACAACUGUAGCAGCUCUUAUGGAAAUGAAGUCACGUCCAUUUUACACCGUGCCAAGCAAGCAGGGAAAUCCGUGGGAAUUGUUACUACAACCCGUGUCCAGCAUGCCUCUCCCGCUGCCUCCUAUGCCCACAGCGCUAACAGAAACUGGUACGCCGAUUCUGACCUGCCUCCCGAAGCAGUCCAGGAUGGCUGCCGUGACAUCGCUUACCAGCUGGUUCACAACACAGAGAUAGAUGUCAUUCUUGGUGGAGGCCGUCAAUACAUGUUUCCUAGAACCAUGCAAGACCCCGAGUAUCCAAAAUACACAGGAGACCGAGAUGACGGACAAAAUCUUGUGGUAGAGUGGCUAAAGAAUAAAAAGAAUGCUAAAUAUGUUUGGAACAAAGCUGAUUUUGAUGCUGUCAAUCCCAGAAGAACAGAUUUUCUGCUGGGUCUUUUUGAGCCCAAAGACUGUCACUACGAGUUGGAGCGUAAUCCAGCUACAGACCCAUCCCUCACAGAGAUGAUGGAAAAAGCCAUCAAGAUUCUACAGAAGAACCCCAAAGGAUUUUUCCUCUUUGUGGAAGAUAAGUGUUAAUAGUUUUCUGGGGGGAGAAUUGACCAUGGCCAUCAUGGAACAAGGGCUAAAAGAGCUCUCUAUGAGGCUGUUGAGUUUGAUCGAGCCAUUGGACGAGCAUCUGAACUCACUAGUGAGCUAGACACCCUGACUGUGGUCACUGCUGACCACUCCCAUGUCUUUGCCUUUGGUGGACAUGCAGCCAGAGGAAACCCUGUUUUAGGUAUUUCUAGGUCAGUAGCUGAGGACAAUAAGCGCUUUACCACUGCUGUGUAUGGAAAUGGACCGGGAUUCAAGAUGGUCAAUGGAUCUCGUCCAGAUGUGAAUGAGACUAUUUCAUCUGGCAAUGACUACCGUCAGCAGACACCGGUCCCACUUGAUUCAGAGACCCAUGGCAUUGAGGAUGUAGCCAUCUUUGCCAAAGGACCCAUGUCACAUCUUUUCCAUGGAGUCCAAGAGCAAAGUUACAUCGCCCACGUCAUGGCAUAUGCUGCUUGUAUAGAGCCUUACAAUGAAUGUAAACUCCCCCCGCCCAACCAUGCAUCAUCCAUUCACCCUAGUCUGCUCCUGCUUCUGAUGGCCCUUCUUCUUCUUUCCCUCUGCUCUGUCUGA